AUGGAGCGGAAGCGCUUGUCUCUAUCAAACUUCUCGCGAAAAUGGGGCAAAUGGCUAGGAUGCUACGGCUAUAAUAGAGAGAAAGAUCCCGUGAUUCAACUCGCCCCGGUAGAGAUUCAGGGCUUCCAUGUUGGGAAUGCUGAUCAAAGCACUUACAGUGGUGAAGUGUCAUCAGUCUGGAAGAAAAACAUCUUCAUGGGAGCAAAGUGUCAGCUCCCUGAUUUCUCUGGUGUCAUAAUAUAUGACACUGCAGGGAACAUUGUUGCCCCUGCAAAAGCUCCCCUUGCUCUCCCAUGGAAGUGA